UUCAAUUUGACUCUUUAGUGGCGAUAAAUGUUCAAUUUGGCUCUUUAGUGGCGAUAAAUGUUCAAUUUGGCUCUUUAGUGGCGAUAAAUUUUGUCUCUUUAGUGGCGAUAAAUGUUCAAUUUGGCUCUUUAGUGGCGAUAAAUGUUCAAUUUGGCUCUUUAGUGGCGAUAAAUGUUCAAUUUGGCUCUUUAGUGGCGAUAAAUGUUCAAUUUGGCUCUUUAGUGGCGAUAAAUGUUGUCUCUUUAGUGGCGAUAAAUGUUCAAUUUGACUCUUUAGUGGCGAUAAAUGUUCAAUUUGGCUCUUUAGUGGCGAUAAAUGUUCAAUUUGGCUCUUUAGUGGCGAUAAAUGUUCAAUUUGGCUCUUUAGUGGCGAUAAAUGUUCAAUUUGGCUCUUUAGUGGCGAUAAAUGUUCAAUUUGGCUCUUUAGUGGCGAUAAAUGUUGUCUCUUUAGUGGCGAUAAAUGUUCAAUUUGACUCUUUAGUGGCGAUAAAUGUUCAAUUUGACUCUUUAGUGGCGAUAAAUGUUCAAUUUGUCUCUUUAGUGGCGAUAAAUGUUCAAUUUGUCUCUAGUGGCGAUAAAUGAUUGAAGAACUUUAGGAGAAAAGAAGAAUAAAGAGUCAUACACCGAACUUGAAGUCAAACUUGGUUGAGGACUUCAAGCAUGCCAAAGAUGGAAGAGAAAGUGUCUUCAAAGAAGCACAACCAUUGGGUGAAUCCAUCGUUCACUGACUUGUUGGGGGACAACUUGCCUACUUGUGGAAAGAAACGUUCUUGCCAGGCUUUGGCUUCCAGAAGUGAGCAGAAGAAGCCCCAGAAGAGGAAAGGAGAAGCGGACUCUGGCUGCCAGGACCAGGAUGAACCCUGGGUGCAAAGAUACGCAGCACGCUCAAAGGCGGAGCUUGCAGUGCACAAGAAGAAGGUCCAGGAAGUGGAAAAUUGGCUCAGAAUGCAUUCAAACACAUCACAGGGUGGACUAUUACUCCUGACUGGACCCUCAGGCUGUGGAAAGACCGCUACAGUCCAAGUUUUAUGUGCCGAGCUGGGCCUAAGGAUCCAGGAGUGGACCAACCCCACUAGUGAGGACUCACACAGUCAACACGGACUGCUCUAUUCCCUUCUAGACUGGAACAUGAACAGUAGCUCCCAGUCAGCACAAUUCCAAGAGUUUCUCCUGAGGUCCAACAAGUACACGUGCCUGAAGAUGCUGGGGGAUGUCAGACCUCCUGGCAUGAAGGUCAUCUUAGUGGAGGAAUUCCCAAACCACUUUUACCGGCAGCCUGGCAGUCUACAUGAUGUUCUCAGGACCUUAGUGAAGAGCAGUGGAUGUCCUCUGGUCUUCAUCGUGUCUGACAGUCUGAGUGGAGACAGCAGCUCCAGACUCCUGUUUCCAAGAGACCUGCUGGAGGAGCUGCACAUCACUAGCAUCAGUUUUAAUCCAGUGGCUCCAACCUCCAUGAUGAAGGUCCUGACUCACAUUGCAACACUCCAGAAGACUAGCAGACUGGAUCAGGCGGUGCUGGACAAGUUGUGUUCAGGAAGUUCAGGAGAUGUUCGCAGUGCCAUCAACAGCCUGCAGUUCUCCUCCAUCUCAGACGGGGGUCUGCAGAGGAACAGAGCGCUCACCUCACAGAAGAAGGUGUCUUUCAAAUCAGGCCAGAAGAAGAAGUCCAGGUCAUCUCAUGGGGGGAAGGAGGAAGAACAAAGUGUUGGCAUGAAGGAUGCUUGUCUCUUCCUGUUCCGAGCUCUGGGAAAGAUCCUGCACUGCAAACGUGCAAGUCCUGAAUGUGCGGAGCGUGCAUCUUUACCUGCACACCUUUGUCAACACCACAGAGAACCUUUACAGCUGGACCCUGAGUUGGUCGUAGAACGUUCUCAUGUGUCCGGAGACUUCUUCAACCUUUGCCUGCACCAGAACUACCUGGACUUCUUCUCCAACAUUGAAGAUGUGGAUGGAGCCAGCGAGUAUUUGUCUGAUGCAGACCUGCUCACAUCUGACUGGACGAGUCGGAGUGUCUUGGAGGCGUAUGCGUCGUCAGUGGCCACCAGGGGGCUUCUCUACUCCAACUGUCAACAAGCAGCAGUUGGCUUCAGACCUCUGCACAAACCUCAUUGGCUGCUGGUCAGCAAGAUGCAUCGUGAGAAGUGCCUGCUUGCUCAGUGCUUGUUCAGGAGCAUGUGUGUGACACCUGUCAGCCUUCACACUCACCUGCUGCCUUACCUGGCCAAGCUCACCAACCCUCUGAGGAGCCAAGCUCAAAUACAAUUCAUCCAGCAUGUGAGUCACAUGCCACUCAAGAGCGUUCCUGCCAGGUUGAAACUGGAGACCCUGGCAGACAAAGAGCCAAGUGGGCUGAAGAUGGAGGAUGAAGAGGAGCAGAUAGACUUAGUAGAAGAAGAAAGUCAGGAAGUUGUAGCAGUAAGUCAACCAACAAACUUGGUAGAAGAAGAAGAAGAAGACAUGAUGAUUGAAGAAUACAUGAUUCCUCUAAACCUUCUACUUCAACUCAGGAAACUUCUAACAGACUUUGUCCUGAUGAUGCAAGAGGUCCAUGAGGAGGUCAGCCUGGACGACGACAUGAUGGACGGAGACCUGGGUGAUGGGACCACCUUCCUGGGUGACGGGACCACCUUGCUGUGUGACGGGACCACCUUCCUGGGUGACAGGACCACCUUCCUGUCCAGCAGAAGGAAGAAGCAGCCAGCAGGAGAAACAUCUUGUCUUCCCACAGUCAUGAUACCUGCAGGCUGGGAGAAGAAAGUUCCAGCAGAGUCCCUGAUGGACAUGUCCAACCAGGAGUUGCAAGACCGACUCCAAGCAUCUGGCCAGAUGAUUGAUGCGUUAAUCAGUGAGCUGGAUGUUGCACGUCGUUACCUGAAAGGAAAAUUUGAAGCUCUGAAGAUCCUACAGGGAAAGGCCAUCCUUGACAAAGCCACAAGUCACACUCAAAGCUUGCUGCACAAAAGUGAGGAGAGGGCCAAAGCACUGGAGACGGAAGUGAACAGCUUGCAGUGGGAGUUGAGUUUGAAGCAGUUGCAGAUGAAGAAGAGUGAGCAGUCGUGGGAGCAGAAAUACUGCGUAAUGCUGAGCGAGAACAAGACUCUGGCAGACAAACUAGAGGAGAGAGACAAAGAAGUUGAGAGGCAGCAAGUGGAAAACUCAGUGUUGAGGCAGCAUGAGUGCUUGGAGAUUGUUUCUAUGCUGAAGGUGACGGAACAGAACACUCACCAAAGAAACAAAGAUCAGUACCGGUCUGAGGGGAACGUCGGUCUUCUGGAGCCUGCAGUGCAGAGAGGAGCCUGCAGGUGUCACUGUUGUACUGAACCCUGUCCGUGCAUGCAGAGAAGAGCUUGCCAGAAGAAGCUGCUCCAACUUCAGCAGGAGCUGGAGGCUGAGCGUUGGAGGAGAGAAGAAGCAUCGAUGGUUUCUGACGCUUUUCGUAUCGCUUUUGAGCAACAAAUGAAGAAACGCAGUGACAACUUGAUGAUGUUCACUCAAAAUAACAUCCUGAAAGGUUCUUCAGGGGGUGUCACUGAGAACCUGAGACACCUUCUUCCGUCCCACAAGGAAGCCAAGAUGUCUACUGCUCUUCCAGAUGCUCUUUAUGGACUUCUGGACUUGCUGAGCGACAAGGAAGAAGCUUUGGCCCACCAGAGGAAGGUGAGCACCAUGUUGGCCCACCAAGUGGAGAAGAUGCACCAAGUCAAGAAGCCAUCAGAAGAAGACAUGGCCUCCUUUCAUAAAACCAUCACAUGUUCCUUCCAACAUGUUCAGUCCUGACUUGAUGGCGUGUGAGAUCCCAGAUCUGGAGGUCUCACGGUAUUGAUUAUUGGCUCCAGCCAGGGGACCACUCACUCAGAAGGAUCGGCCAGGGGCCUCAGCUUUUAAAAACCUGGCUGUGUAGUAAGUUGAGACGUGGAUGUGGACGCCAACUUCCUGCUUCCUGUACGCCCAUUUCUACAGGCUGAGGGUACGGUGGUUGCGGCACAUUGAUGGCAGCGGACUUUGUGUCGUGUACGGCUGC